AUUUGGAUACUACUUGGACAGAAUGGGUGGAGAGAAUCGUUAUGCUCCGGAGCUUAACUGCGACACUUCACAGUGCAGAAAACAAGACAAUGGACCUGAAAAUAUCCUACUUCGAAAAGAUUCAAAUGUUUCUUUGUUAGACUUAUGUCUUUUUGCCUUUGAUCUCUUAAUAAGUAGGCUAAGACACGUUUCCGAACCUACUUGUCCAGCUUCUGUACCAGAUAUCGACGAAUAUGCACUUUUUGUGACUUGGAAUAAAACAAAUAGAGAAGGUGAGCGUACACAGUUGAGAGGGUGUAUAGGCACUCUUACUCCUUUGAACCUUCGGAGAGCCAUUCACACGUAUACUCUUGCUAGUGCUUUUAGAGAUAGAAGAUUUCCACCUAUUUGCUAUGAAGAAUUGGAAAGCUUAAGUGUUUCUGUAUCCAUCCUGCAUAAUUUCUUGACCGGAAGUGACGUCUAUGACUGGCAAGUUGGUGUACACGGCGUUAUUAUUGAUUUUUUGGAUAAAGGUAGUGCAUAUAGUGCAACCUAUUUACCUGAAGUUUGCCUGGAGCAGGGCUGGACAAAGGAACAGUGUAUUUCGUCUCUUAUUCGAAAGAGUGGUUAUCGGAAUACCAUAUCGGAAAGUUUGUUGAAAACUAUCAGACUGACUCGUUACUCGAGUAAGAAAUAUUCUCUUUCGUAUUCGGAGUAUCUUCAUCAUAGGAAUACGUGAGAUUGACGUUCCAUGACUUUAGGGGUUAUUUUCUCUUUUUGUUUUUGGAAAGGAGUGGUUGAGUCUCAUUUUUUUGAAUCAGCCAAGCUGCAGCUGGACAUUCUUCUUUUUUCUGUAAUAUAACCCUUUUUUGUUCAUUCUUAAAGUUCUCAACAUUUAUCUUGAAA